AUGCAUGCACAGGAGGAGGAAAUGUCUCUAUCCAAUGGAGCCUGACAUCACCUCCUUUGUGCUCCGAAUGACAAGCGCUCAAACCUAUGAGUGACCCUCCGCGUGCGCAGUCCCUGUUAUUGGCAGACGUGAGGCCAAUGCUGUGGUGCUGAGAGCCGAGUGUGCUGGAGCAGGGGCAGAGAAAGGAGCGUUUCUCUGUGGGAGAAGUUAGCUGGAGGUGGUGAAGAUGGCGGAUGGAGACAGUGGGAGCGAGCGCGGUGGUAGUAGCGGCGGCGGCGGCUUCCAGCACUUCCAGCGGGAGCAGGAGACCCAGGAGCUUGCGUCCAAGCGCCUGGACAUCCAGAACAAGCGCUUCUACCUGGACGUCAAGCAGAACUCGAAGGGUCGCUUCAUUAAGAUAGCGGAGGUGGGAGCUGGGGGCUCCAAGAGCCGUCUGACUCUGUCCAUGUCCGUAGCGGUGGAGUUCCGCGACUACCUCGGGGAUUUCAUUGAGCACUACGCCCAGCUGGGGCCCAGCAGCCCGGAGCAGAUCGCGCAGUCCUCCAGCGGCGAGGACGGCGGUCCAAGGCGGGCGCUCAAAAGCGAGUUCUUGGUGCGCGAGAACCGCAAAUACUACCUCGACCUGAAGGAGAACCAGCGCGGGAGGUUCCUGCGAAUCCGGCAGACCGUCAAUCGAGGGCCGGGCUUCGGAGUCGGCGGCGGCCCCGGGGGCGCCGUGCAGGCCGGCCAGACUAUCGCACUCCCUGCGCAGGGCCUGAUCGAGUUCCGCGACGCCCUGGCCAAACUCAUCGACGACUACGGCGGCGAGGACGAGGAGCUGAGCGGGGGUGCCGGCGUCCCGGGGGGAUACGGAGAGCUGCCCGAGGGCACCUCCAUCAUCGUGGACUCCAAGAGGUUCUUUUUCGACGUCGGCUCCAACAAGUACGGGGUGUUCCUGCGGGUCAGCGAGGUCAAACCCAGCUACAGGAACUCCAUCACCAUUCCCUUCAAAGCCUGGGGUAAGUUUGGAGGAGCUUUCUGUCGUUAUGCCGAGGAGAUGAAGGAGAUCCAGGAGAGACACCGGGAUAAGAUGUUCGAGAGGAGAGAGGAGUCGGAAGGGGAAGAUGUGGACGAUGACUGACAUGUAGAGUUCAAUAAGUGUAUGAGAAAAGAGAAGUGCAUGAAUUGAACUCAAACUGCCUACCAUGAUAUUGUGUCAUACUAUUCAUUUGACAGAAAAAUAGAUCUGUGAAGUUUAAAUGUGGGGGGGGUCAUUUAUAAGAAGCCAUUGGUGAAGGAUGUUCAUAUGUGGGGCUGUCAUCAGGGGUCUCCUUGUCCUGUGCCCCAUGAAGUAGGGGCCCUUAAUGAUAAUUUGAUUUUGAAAAAUGUAUGCUGCCCUGUCCUGUUAAACCAGCAAGUUUAAUUGUCUUAGUUAACAAUUAAAUCUUUGGUAAAUCCAACAGUAAGACUUCCGAAUUUGAAACGGAGUCGGCACAUGAAAAUCAGGCUAUGUGGGCUUAACAACUGAUAUCAAAAUGUGCAAUUUAAAGAACGUCAUCAUUACAUUGUGACGUGACUACAGAAAGAUGUGUUCUCAGCUUAUUUUAUUGUGAUGUUCCCAAGGGUCUCCUGAUUUAUUGUUUUAGGAUGUUUGUUUUCUUUAGGCUUCAUUUGAAAAGCCACGUAUCCAUCUACAUUUAUGCAAGAGUUUUAUGGCUUGCUGAUUUGAGAAUGACAUGUUUUAAAUUUAGAUUUGGAGGGAAAUGUCUUUUAAAGAGAGCGAGCGAGAGAGAGAGAGUUCAACAAAAAAAAUAAAUAACUCUGUCGUUGUUCCAAACCUGUGUGUCUUUCUACUUUACACAGUACCUAAUCACCAUUCACUUCCAUUGUAUAUUUUGUCCGUACAGUGAAAGUGGAUGGUGACUGUCUGAAGCUAACAUUCUCAUACAGGCUUGGAACAAUGCGAGGAAAAUGUCAGUGAUGACAGAAUAGACAAUUUUAGGUGAUCUAUCCCUUUAAACAUGAAAGUUUCAACCCCUAUUUUGUGUUCAGAUGGUCUCAAAUAAUUUAAUUCGGAAGUCAGAAUCUGUCUAGCAGUGACUUCAUUUUACUGGAAGUUUAAACUCUCUUCCAGUGUUAUAAACUGAAAAUAUGGCUGCAUCCUGUAGGGGACCUAUGUUAUAUUUAGGGGUAGGGUUCAACAUACAAAGAGCUUUUUCUUGACUUGGGUCCAAAUCUUUCUUACUAUGUUGGACAUAAGGUCCCCUCUGAAUAUUUAAAGACAGACUGCAUAAGUGAAUAGAAUUAUAGCAUGAUAACACUCAUUAUUAUUUAAUAUAAAGGAUAAAGCUACAUGAAUUUGUGUAUUUUUAUCCCUCUCCUUUUUGUGUUGUUGUUUUGUUUUUGAUGAAAGAUCAUUCUAUAAGAGAGAAUAUGUAAACAAACCAGCAUAUUUUUGAAUACUUAAAGUAAAAGUUAUAUAUAAAGUAAAGAAUUAUUAAAGCUCAACAAGCUAAUUUUGAAAAAAAAAAGAUAAACUUGAAAUAUUGUCCAGUGUUUUUUUGUUUUUUGGUGGAAGAGUAUAGUAUCGUUAUUAAAGGACGUCAAUAGUAAUGCAUCUAUUACUGCAUAUUAUAGAUAGCUCAAUUAAAUGUCACCCCCCCUAGCCCCUCCCAUAAUCCUCUUGAGUUUACAGUGCGCACAUCAUUACGUUUUUUGUUUAUACAAUUGAUAUCAAAAGUCUUCAGUGGUCUUUUAGUAAGUCCAUUUCUGUGGGUGCCCGUCCCGCAUUUGCCUUUUAUUUAAUUGAUUUCUUUUCUUGCGUAGUAUCUGCAACUAUAUUAAUGCAACACGUUUUUGUUUAUUAUUAUUACUCAUUAAAAGAGAAGCAUAUACUGGGUGAAAAAUUGUCCAAGUGUCUCACCAAAAAUAUGUUUAAAAAUAUUUCAUCUGUGCACUUCUAUUUUCAUUCUGUGACAUUCUUGAUGUCCAUUGAUUUGGGAGCAAGAGAGUUUUGUGUUAAUGUUCAAAGCUUCCUUUGACCAUCCAUACUGUUAUAUGUUAAAUACAAUAAUGUUAAAUGGCAGCUGUUUGAGUCGUGUACACUGCUGUGAUAUAUCAAUAUCCUACCUAAAUGAUUUGUUAAAAGUGGAAUUGCUUCGAGCCAAGUUUGAAAUCAAUUGAUUGAUUCUAAAGGGAUAGUUCAUUUUUGAAUGGUGCAUUUCAUAAUUUUCAUUUUUGAGUGAACAAUCCCUUUAACAUAGCGAGUUUUUACCCACUAUCUGUAAACUGCAACUAAAAUUGUUAGCGGGGGCCAUUAUGCCUGAUUCAUCCAGAUUCAUUUUCUCUACAUCCACAAUUGCGGCAGCUGUUCCUUCGCUAGCUGACUUAGCAGGCUGUCUAUUUUAAUGCGAGAAGCAUGAGGAGGGUAUGCAUUCCUGCUCUGGUGGCCGUGGAUUCAGCUGUGGCAUUGGCUCUGAUGUGUUGAGAGGGACAAGGGCCCGAUUGUUGAGCCAUCCACUCACUACUGCAAAUGCUAUUACAUCAGCAGACCACAUUUACUGCAUGUGACGGGGCUGCUGCAGCCAUGUAGUGGGAAAUCCAGAUAACAUGCCACUGAGUUUUGCUUGAUAUGCGGCAUGCAGGGUUUUUAGUGAUCCAAUGAACUUUGGCUCAAGUGAUUUGGCUUGUUGAUAAUAAAUAGCUGGCACUCUUAUGGUAACAACGUGUGUAGACUAACUUUACAAAACAGUGCCUGAUUUGGCAGCCUGAACGCCAAGCGUGACACAGCAGCUGUUGGCAGGACAUUCUUGCGUCCCACCCCGACCCUCCCUCCUCAACUGCUGUUCAGAUUGCUCCACUAAACUGAGCAUUUGUAAAUGGGAGGCACCCUUUAGGAGUAAAGGGGGUUCGAGAUAGCUUUACAUCACGACUCGCUGCUUUUUUUGCAAAGUCGCCGUAGGAAGGAGAUUUGGAAUAUUUUUGUGGCUCUACAGCACUUUGUGGUUACAGUGGCGUGUCUAAAUCAACAAUAGCACCAUUUAUAGAUCAUAAUAUGCAUUUGUUUUGAUUGUAUAACUUAUGAAUGCUGUAUGCUAAAUUCAGUUUAAGAAGGCCAGGACGUAUAUAGUGAAUGUGACAUUCUGAGGAACCAAGAUUGUUGAUUAAUUUUGCUUCUACGGUUUCUUUACCAUGCGUAAAUCACUGACAAUAAGCCAUUUUGAGUCUUUUGAGGGCGUAUAACUGCGAAAAUUAAAGGCAAGGGUAUACUUCAUUUUCUGCAUGCUAUUCCAUCUCGCACACUGUCGAGUGCUCAGCCUUUCAAAGUAGAUGCGUUUGACACAUGCACACUUUGAUGAUGUGCAAAGAUGCGGACAGUCCAUGCAAACUGUGCUGAUUUGACGAAAUGUGCUCCACUCGCACUGUGCAGAAGACGAAGUAUACUCUGGCCUUUAUGCAAACACUAUAGGCAACUAAAUGUCAAAAGUGGAGUAGAAUUUUGCAGCACUUUUUGGAUGACCAGUCCAUUUGAAAUCAUAAAGCAAGAGUGAAAACCAGAAAUUGACUUUCUUUUGACGAAACUUAGCUGUGUUUGUUUCAGAUUUAUUAUGUGAGUUAUGUAUGUAUAUAUGUGCGUGUGUGAGAAUAUGUGCUGUAAAGCUUCGUGUUUUGUUACCGCCUUAACACUAAGAAAUAAGCGGCAGGAAGCAAUACUCAUCCAGAGGGAUGGGAUAAUGUGUUAAUUUCCUGUCAGGGUCUUCACCGACUCUCACAAUUGGCCGAUAUGUCGUCCUGUUUCCUAAAGUUAGGAUAUGUGUAAAAGUUCAUUGGGGCAUCACCAUGUGUUUGAAUGCUUUUGAGUGAACAAUACAUCUGUUCGAAAUAUCAGAACUUUUCAAAGAAUGUUACGUUAUUCCAGGUGAUUCACCCGAGCUCUUAACAGCAUCCAUGUGUCAACCAGUCUUUUCGAACACCGUUUUCCAGGUCGUACGCACAAGCUUCACUAUUCAUAGAACAAUAUUUUUCAAAAAGGUUGCUAUUUUUCCAAAAUAUCUAAUGUUUUUAGCAGAGAUUUUAACAUCAGAAUGUCCUUGUCUGGUUUAAACUCAGGUUCUUGGCAUUCUCAAUAUAUGUGUGUGUGUGUGUGUGUGUGUGUGUGUGUAUAUAUAUAUAUAUAUAUAUAUAUAUAUAUAUAUAUAUACAUUUGCGUGAUUCAUGUUCACGAUCUGUUACAUAAUAUUGAAGUUGCAUUCACAGGCUACUGCUGGACACUGUCAAGAGCUCAGGUCUCAGAUACUCAAAGUAUCUGCCCAUCAAGCCUUGCCCCAACACCAGAAUGCCUCCAUCAGAACUGGCAGUCUUCCAUUUUUCCCAUGGCUACACCAUUAGUUGUUUUUGUUUUCCUCUUGUUUUUUUUUUUUUAGGUAUACAAGCCUAUAUUUAGAAAAUGCUAUGUAUGUUUGUAACAGAAUAAAGGAAAUUAUAAAUGAUGGAAAGCAUUUCACCUUCUGGCCUGGUGUCUGUCUUCUUGUUUUUGUACUCUGGUCAUGUUUUCUAGGUUUAAAGUCAACAUGAAAUCAAAAUUGACCAUUUAUUUUGUCCACAAUUUAUCUGUGUACGUUAUUCUACAGUUUACAUUUUUUUAUUUGUAAUCUUUCAUUACAGUGUUAUUACUUGAUGAAAACAUUGUAUUUUCCAGC